UCCUUGAAAGAUUCCGAAAUCCCUAGCCUCCAUCGCGCCGCCGUUCGUCUCACCGUCGCCGCCCCUCGCUCUCAAGAUCACCACUAGAUUCGUCGUGGUCGUUCGCCAAUCCUCCUGGUUCGUCAUGCUCGAAGGCCCUUCCCCUGUUCGCCAGCGUCGCGUCUCCAGUCCUGUUCCGCAGCUCACCGUCGUCCGUCGCAUUCAAUCUCUGCUCACUGCCCUCGGCGAAGAGAUCAUCGCACUCACCCACCAUGGCUGUCACUGUUAAAACCAUGGCUCUCAUUGUUUCGGUCUUCGGUCUCCUCUCUUUCAUUCUCGGUGUUAUAGCCGAAAACAAGAAGCCUGCAGCCGGAACCCCAGUACCUGCCAAGGGGGUUGUCACCUGCAAGUUCCCAGCUGAUCCAACAGUCGCAUUGGGCUAUCUUUCCUUUGCAUUUCUCAUUGUAUCUACUGUGGCCGGAUACAUGUCUCUCUUUUAUCCUUACAAGGGGAAGUCUGUUCCACAAGGUGUUCUAUUUAAAAGCACUAGUUUCUUGGUAUUCUUCAACAUUGCAGUGUUCACGACCGGACUAGCUGCAACUAUGUUGUUAUGGCCGACAAUCACUGAACAGAUGCACCUUCAGCGCAACGUACACAAUGAUCUCACCUAUACUUGCCCUACUGCUAAAACCGGUCUCCUUGGAGGCGGCGCAUUUCUAUCGCUUGAUUCUUCUCUCUUUUGGCUGAUUGCCCUUAUGCUAGCGGACAACGCCCGCGAAGAUUUCAUGGAUGAAGAAAUUAAAGGGGGCGAGCUUUCCUCAAGUGCUUAUGCCACACAUACAGUGGUGACAGCAAGUCCCUAGGUCUAGGUGCAUGUGUUAAUAAUGGUAGUAGAGGAAGAAGGAUGUGUGCAGCAUUAGUUAAUUUAAAUGUGAUGAUGGAUUAUGAAGUCAAUAAAAAUAAAAGAUAUUAAUGACUUUCAAUGGAAUGAGUUCUCCUAUAAAAUACACAAUGUUUUUUUGGUGA